AUGUCUCGACGUCGUGCUGACGAGUCUGCUCCCUCUCCCACUUGUUCAUUGGCUAUGGCCGCCGAUCGUCUGGCUAAUGCGCUCUGCGACGUAUUGGAUGUCUUUAAUCGCGGAAGUUGUUCUGGCAAUCCUAAUGAUGGGAUCUUAGCGGACCUCCGAAGUCUAACCACACCCUUGGCGACUGAAUUGGAACGAGCGCUGGCCUCAGAGGGUGUUGUUCAGACACCCAUCAACGUCAUGCUUGUGUCAAAGACUUCUUUGUCGCUCCGUGAUUGGGCAGUCGGUGUGACAAUGGCAACCCAAGCGCAAUUGGCCAAAGAUGCUCUCCCCCAAACCGAGUCCACGAGAUCAGCGGAUCAAACUAUGAAAAGUGUUAGAGGUCAGUUUGACUCCGCUUUGACUAGGCUACAGCCGCCUCCGGGCGCAGGAUCCGAUUCCCCUCCCUUCAUCAGCUAUCCUGUUGCAAAACUCACCUACCCUGAAUGCAUCGACGAAUUUGACGAUCUGUCUCAGACUCUUGGCAAUCGAAUGGAUGACUUGGAAGAGUCUGCGAGGUCUCGUAAUCCCAAUGCCUUUUGUGACGCUGUUCAAGCUGUAGCUGACGCCGUAAUGGGAAUGAUUCAAGUGGCCACACAGUCUGCAUACUUAGUGGGUGCUGGCCAACCCUGUAACGAGCCCGGUAGAGCACCUCGAUUAACCCAAUCGGAGGCAAGACAAGUUAUGGAGGAUGUUGAGUGCCUUCAACGCGGUAUUGAUGUCAUCACGCGCGAAGCACCCACUUUCACCUCCAAUCAACAACGCGCAAGUCAUUUGAGCCCAACAGUCAACGAAAUCACUCGAGCAUCAAGCAAUAUGUGCCAAUUAACUCGUCAGUGCAUUUCUGAAAGUAUCGACGCUACUGAGAAGAAGAUGCUCGCUGAGAAUGCCAAAGAUGUUGCUCAAACAACGACAAAUCUAGUGAAGUCGUUAAAUACCGAUGAUCCGGGGUCUCCCUCCACUGGAGAUCAAGUAGUCCAAAUUGCCACGCGACUAAGGAGUUCUGCCUCGAUUUUGGUCAAUUCCCUUCUAGAGGAUGUUGGAGAUGUACCAGUUCAAGUUCUACCUGAAGCGGCUGAACAACAAGGUCCAAUUCUAUUACGUGGUCGAACGGUUGUCGAAAAGGCGAGUUGCUUGACCGAUACCGCAGAAAACCUCCUGAAGGCCACAAUAUCUGACACGAUCUACAGAAAGCACCGCAAAGGUCUAGAAUGCGCUACACAGGACCUCCGUUUCUGCAUCUGUGAUUCACGGCCGGGAUGGAAGGCAUUGGAAUCUCUGAAAUCUACGGCUAGAGAACUGUUGCGUCGACUAGAUCAUGCGGGUCUUCAACAGUACAGUCAGGAGAAUGCGUCAAAUCUGGAGGCUACGACUCCGCUGCUAAAUUCUAGCCUGCGUCAAGUGACUGCUCUGAGUGGAAAAAUGGCCGGCGAUUGGAAGCACUCGAGAUGGGAAUUACUCAGCCAGGAUGCUCAUCUUAUUUCUUCCUACCUUCCCAAUGUAGCACAUGUGUGCAUAUCCGCCUGUGGAAUGCUAAAACGAAGUUCCGAUCAAGCCGCCCUUCAAAGUUAUCUUCGUACUGUUUUGGAAACAACCGAUGCCCUUUCAACACGUCUCCUUACCCAAAUGGGCAAAUAUUUUGGUGGUCCACCAGACUCCGACCCGUCGCCAGUAUCCGCCAGUGCUGAUCAACUCCGUCUAGCAUGUCGUGAGCUAUUAAUUUGUAUUGAAGAGCUUACAGCGCGUCAGGGCAAUUUGAAUUCACAAAUUGCUAGCAUUCAGGGAGCUCUUAAAAAGUUGGAGACCAGCGUCAGUCCACCACACAUUGUCGAGCAGAUCAGUCUAGUUGCAUUACAAACAUGGUUGGCAAGCCAAGCUCAGACGCUGGUACAGGCCGGUGGUCGGCUUUCUGAGACCUCGAAAACCGCAGGGUCGAGUGGAGAAGAGGCGGCUGCUAGUCACCUUGUACAGCAGUUCUUGAAGACUGCAGAAACGACACAACAGCUAAUUUCUCUUCUUACUAGUCAGCCCAACAUGUCGGACACCUCUGAUGCCACUUUCAGGCUGGCCGACCGACUUAGGACGGUUGUACAGAGCAUUGGAACAAGUUGCGUGGAAGUGUUGGAGAACCCUCGUCACCCCGAGUCCCUGCGUUCUCUCACGACCCGUGUGUCGAGUCUGGUAGCGGUGCUGCGUGAGUCUGCUCACGGUGUACAUGCCUGUGUAAAUGCGGCUGAAGGUAUUGCCCGUAAGGUGGCGGACUUCGAUUCAGCCAUCUACUUUGCCCGUGCCAAUUCCCUUGUUGAUCGAAGUAGCAGACAAUUUGCUGAGCGCAGCAGUCCCACAGCAGUUACUAACGACAUCCAGGCUGCGCAGGAGGAGAUUAUGCAUUUACUCAAAGGGAUUGUAGAGGAGACGAAUGCUCUGUCGCGCAAUACCACUGGUGAUCAGGAUAAGCUGGCAGUUUCGGCUCAGAACUGUCUCCUCCACGUAAACAACCUCCAUGCAAAGACGCUCCAUCUUCUAUCACGCCCUGAUUUCGACACAGUUUCUGCAGCCAGUGAGGAGGCCCGUACAGAGGCACGAGUCAGUCUCCUCUCCAUAGCUCGCGCUGUUUCCGCAAGUCUUAUUGACCUACUCACUCAGAGUCGUAACCUCAUCACCACGGAGAAGGCCAAUCUAUCCGUUGUGGAGGCUCAACUAAAUUCCACUGCUGCUGACGUGAGUUUUCAUUAA